CGUCCAUAGUCAUGACGUUUUAUGCUAUGGAUUGUACAUGUACUAUAUUAAUUUUUAUACUCCAGGUUAUAGCGGAAUUCAAGCCAUACAGGUGUGUCAAGAAUACAGAUAAUAUUUAAAUUGCCUAAAUGUUUAGAAAAUUGCGAAGACGUUUUCGCCGGAAACCAAACCAGACUGAGCAAACAUCUCCAAGAAGUCUUUGUAAUGCCGCUUGUCACCGUAGCUUAAUGCAAGGUGGAUUUCCAGCGUUUAAAAUCGAGUUUAAAAAACUUCUACGGUUAUACCAACCAGACAACAUAACAGACAACAGAUUUAUACGAACAGUUGUUUACGCUUGUGAACAUACCUAUCAGACUCAAAACUUUGAUGAUUUCAAAUGGCUAGUACUCAAAAUCAAUAACCUCGAUGGAUUAAUGAAAUUAUUUCAUGAAUUGUGUGAACUUGGUAUAACAGUUUAUUGUGAAUAUAUAUUAUCUAUAUACAGUCAAUUUCAAUAUCGUGAUAUUUCUGACGUAGUUUAUUACGCAGUGGAAUCGUGCGAUGACGUAUGUAUAUUGUAUUUCGUGUGUGAAUUAUCUAUUAAUAAACCAGAAUUGGGUAUCGAUAUUAACAAACGAUCUGGUGCCGAUAAUUUUACACCUUUUAUGAAAACUAUCAAGAAUAACAAAUAUAAGCACUGUUUAGUUUUAAUUGAGUAUGGGUGUGAAGUGAAAUUGUUGAGGGAAAAUGAAAAACCAAUUUUCUCAUGGGAGGAACUAUUCCCUUGUUUUUUUGGGCCAAACCUCAAUUACCAACAAAGAUUUGAAAAGGCUGGUGUACGUUAUCUGCAAAUGUUUAUUGACUCCGGAACAGAUUUAGGAAUAGGCGAUAUAAAUGGGAAUACAAUGUUGGAAUUAGCUCUUGAAAAACAGGUGUUGGGGUUGGCGAUCUUUCUAUUACGUAACAAUUUUCCUAUAACUGAUAAGUGUUUUGUUAUUCUCAAUAAAUAUUACUUGCCUAAAAAAACAGAAGACUAUAAUGGUGGUAAAUAUAUAGAAUUCCAAAAACUAUACAUAAUAUACUUGGUAUCAUUGUUCAGCCUUAAGUUAAACUUUGUCAAUGGAUUGGAUGCUGUUCUAUGUUGUACGUAUAGGUCAGUACAUUCAAUUAUAGGCAUGGAUCGCUUUAUUGAAGAAUUCAACAGUUUACCAAGUUUGUUCAGUAGCAUGACUCUUAAAGAGCGAUGUAGAUUAAAAAGACGUUCUACUUUGGGAGUUCGUGUUAAUUUCGAAGCACCAAUGGAGAAAUUGGAGUUACCAAGAUGUCUUUUGGAAUAUAUUUUAAAUAACGGCUGGGAUGAUUUGUCCAAACGCUUAAAGACCCGCAAGAUGGUUUUCUGAAGUGAGAGUUUUACAUCAUUACUCUUACCACGAGUAACUGGGUGAAGUGGAUAUUUAAUGUGUGUCAAAUUUGUAUAAUAUUUUGGUCGUUUAAUCAUAUCUUAUUGUGGGGGAUAUAUCGACUAUAGUAAUUACAACUCAAAGAUCAUACGAAAGUUACGCUGUAUGUCUAGAAUUAGCUCGGCUUUAGAAUAGUACAUUGAAGACUACGAGGUUCUUAGUGACCGAGACUAGGAGCUAAUUGACCGACAUAAUUCAACGAUUUUAUUCGAAAACCCUAUGUAUAGUUAGGGAGUUUUGAGGAGUGUUUAUUCAGCUUCGUAGAAAACACUUAAGGGUAUAGAGUCAACUAUUUUAGGGUAGA